AUGUCAAACGUUAGUUUACAGAUUAGACAAGCAGUUCCUGCUAUUGAUUCAGUAGUGGCUGAUUAUGCUGUAGGAUACAUUCAACAUGUAUCAGAUGCUACAGAAGACAGUGUUCGUGCCCAAAGGAUCAACAUUUCCGAUGAAAUGACAUUUUUGACUAGUUUAUUGAUCUCAGCAGGUGGGCCGUCUGACAAAGUCAAGACUUUAACUGAUACCAUUACCGAACAGUUGAGUGAAAAAUUGAAAAAGAAUAUGGAGAAGUUAGCCAUUACUGGUGAUACUUCAAAACGUUUACUCGACAUUAAUGUGUUGCAAAAUAAUACCAAGAGAGAUAUCAACUCAUCCCUUGCGUUGUUAUCAGCAAGCAAUGACAUUGAACAUACAGGAAGAGUUAUGGAAAGUAGAGUUGACAAAAAGAAGUUGGAGAAACAGGAGAGGAAAAUUGCCAAGAAGGUAGCUAAACGUAACAACAAGUUUGUCAAGUACGAGGCUUCGAAAUUAUUGAAUGAUAAACAAGAAGAAGACUAUGACUCAUUCUUUCUUGAAAUUAACCCCCUUGAUUUCGGAUCAAGUGCUGGUAAAUCGAAGGACAUCAAAAUUGACAACUUUGAUUUAUAUGUGGGAGAUGGUCAAAGAAUCUUGAGUGAAGCUUCUUUAACCUUGGCCUAUGGAAGAAGAUACGGUUUAGUUGGUCAAAAUGGUAUUGGUAAAUCUACAUUGUUGCGAGCUUUGUCAAGAAGAGAGUUGAAUGUUCCUAAACACAUCACUAUUUUGCAUGUCGAGCAAGAAAUUAGAGGAGAUGAUACCCCAGCAUUGCAAAGUGUUCUUGAUGCUGAUGUUUGGAGAAAAAGUUUAUUACAAGAAGAGCUGAAGAUUAACGAAAGAAUAGUCGAAAUUGAAAACUUGAGAAAGGAAUUUGACGAAGAGUCGUUGGAAGUCAAGAAACUUGACAAUGAACGUGACGACUUGGAAACCCACUUAACGGAGAUUAGUGAAAAGUUGAAUGAAAUGGAAUCCGAUAAAGCAGAAAGUAAAGCUGCUGGUAUUCUUUAUGGGUUGGGUUUUACUAAGGAAACCCAAAAUGUGCCAACAAAGCAAUUUUCUGGUGGGUGGAGAAUGAGAUUGUCUUUGGCAAGAGCCUUGUUUUGUCAACCUGAUUUGUUGUUGUUGGAUGAACCUUCCAAUAUGUUGGAUGUUCCAUCCAUCACAUUCUUGGCUAAUUACUUACAAACAUAUAAAUCAACCGUACUUGUGGUUUCGCACGAUCGAGCAUUUCUUAAUGAAGUGGCCACUGAUAUCAUUCAUCAACAUUCAGAAAGGUUGGACUAUUAUAGAGGGGCAAACUUUGACUCUUUCUACGCUACUAGAGAAGAAAGAAUCAAGAAUCAACGUCGUGAGUACGAAAGUCAAAUGGCGUACAGACAGCACUUGCAAGAAUUUAUUGACAAGUUCAGAUACAAUGCUGCCAAAUCUCAAGAAGCACAAUCACGUAUCAAGAAAUUGGAAAAAUUACCAGUGUUGGAGCCUCCUGAAGAUGAUAAAGUGGUUACAUUUAAAUUUGCUGAACCUGAUAGUAUUUCCCCACCAAUUUUACAAAUGCAAGAUGUCAGUUUUGGUUAUGAUCCAAAUAAGAUGCUUUUCAAAAAUGUAAAUCUAGAUGUCCAAAUGGAUUCAAGAGUUGCAUUUUGUGGUGGUAAUGGUACGGGUAAAACGACGCUUUUGAAACUUAUUAUGGAACAAAUUACCCCUGUGGAAGGGUAUAUCAACAAGAAUGGACGAUUAAGAAUUGGUUAUUUUGCCCAACAUCAUGUUGACGCAAUGGACUUAUCGCUUUCUGCUGUAUCAUGGAUGAGUCAAACCUUCCCCGGAAAGACCGAUGAAGAAUAUAGACGUCAUUUGGGUUCUUUUGGUAUUACCGGUCCUUUGGGUUUACAAAAGAUGCAAUUAUUAUCUGGUGGUCAAAAAUCGAGAGUGGCAUUUGCUGCAUUGUGUUUGAAUCAGCCACAUAUUUUGAUCCUAGAUGAACCUUCAAAUCAUCUUGAUACGCAAGGUUUAGAUGCAUUGGCCGAAGCCAUGAGAAAUUUCAAAGGUGGUAUAUUGAUGGUUUCUCAUGAUGUUGCUAUAAUCGAUAAAGUAUGUAAUGAAAUUUGGGUGGCUGAAAACGACACCAUUUCGAAAUUCCCUGGUAAUAUUCAUGACUAUAAGAAACACAUCCUUAAGGCGGCUAAUAUUGCUGGUGUGGUGAAGAGACAUUGA